AUGGAGGACAGCAAUCGAGCUGCAGCCAACUUUGCAGAGCUUCUCAAGGAAAAACCAUCUGUUCCUGGUGCGCCAACCCUUUGGCUAGGUUCCAAAGGAGCUCGGACUCCGUGCCAUCAAGAUGCGUAUGGACACAACAUCGUCGCACAGAUCGCUGGCGAAAAGCUUUGGCUGCUUUUUGACCCUUCAAGUUCAUGGCUUGGUGGGCACCGCCUUCCUUUUGAGGACUCAUCGACUUUCACCGACUUGGAUCCUUUGGAAGAGGAGAUCCCACAAAGGUUCACUGGCCUUCGGACCACAUUGCAUCCUGGAGACGUCUUGGUCAUUCCCAGACAUUGGUUUCAUGCAGUUGAGUGCACCUCCAGUUGGUCUUUGUCCCUGAACCAGUGGCUAGAUGCGCCAGGAGAUGCUGAGCAACGCGUACAUGAGGCCAUUGCUCGUUGCUUGGCAUCGCCCCUUCUUGAAGUGAGGCCCGAAGGAUGGUGGCUGAAUCCAGAUGAGGACUUGCUGGAGACCAGCGAAAAUAUCGAGUUCCUGAUGUCUGCUUUGCAGGACGUGCCUGGCGGACACCAGAUCGAGACCAAGGCCAGAGAAGAGGAAAAGCUGGCGCUGGGGAGCGCGAGUGGUUUGGGGAAACGGAAGAUUCGUUUGCACCUUUUGCUGCGGAAGUCGAGCUUGAUCCAGGAUGCCUGA